AUGAUGGCCCAAUCUCCAAAUCUAGCAACCUAUAAACGCAUCAUUAUUUGUGCAGAUGGGACAUGGCAAGCAUCCGACAUUAGCGAUAAGUCUGCCCCUUCCAACGUCCAUAAACUAGCCCGUGCGGUUGCAAAAAAUGGUAUCGAUGCGCAAGGGAAUAUUGUUAAGCAGAUUGUGCUGUAUCAUUCAGCACUUGGGGCUGGGGACCCCCCCUUUCAAAAGUUCAAUUAUGGAAGCAUCGGCUGGGGCUUAGAUGGAGAUAUACGCCAAAUCUAUAAUUUCAUCUCUAAUAACUAUGAGGAUGGUGACGAGCUAUUCUUCUUUGGCUUCUCGCGGGGGGCUUUUACCGUCCGCUCAGUCGCCGGUCUCAUCUGCGACAUUGGCAUUCUCUCAGCGCUCUAUAUGUCCUGUUUCACGGAGAUGUGGGAGGCAUACCGUGCUAAUACUAAUGGUAAAUCCUUCAGGGAAACAUGGUGGUAUCUGAAUCACAAAGAUGCCCUUGGUCUUACGGACGUCAGGGUCAAGGUUGUAGGUGUUUGGGAGACAGUCGGAGACCUGGGAAUCCCGGAAUGGCCCGAAUUGAGACAGCUGAAUAGGCUUGGGUUUAAUAUCAAUCCAGAGUAUUCAUUUCAUAACACGAAAGUAUCGAAAAAUUUGGAAUAUGCCUUCCAAGCCCUUGCGAUUGAUGAGCAAAGAUUGUCCUACUUCCCAACCCUCUGGCACAAAACAAGGGAUGGUCCUGCCAAAGAUCUGCAACAGUGUUGGUUUGCCGGCGUCCAUGAAGACAUUGGCGGCCUAAGAGACGGAUCACCUGAUGCAUCAUAUUCCGAAACUGGCCAUAAUUCAUUUGCGUGGAUGGUGGACAAUCUCUCAGGCAUGCUUACCUUUGAUGCUGAGGCUAUCGAAAUCAUCAUCAAGAACCAUAUGAGUGCGCUCAAAUCCAUUCGGGUCGCUGAUGGAUGGGGCUGCGGGCCUAUUGGUAGCAGCUUCUCUGGCCUUCAAGGUCUCUUUUGGGGGCUUCUACACAGGCAACACCGAACACCUGGCGUCUAUCUGCAAGAUCCCGGUGGCGGGACCAGCGGCGCUACGAAUGAAUAUUUUCACCCUACCGUACGGAUACGUCAAAAGAAUCUAAGUUACAAACCGGUCUCACUGAAGAGAUGUUUCCCUAUGAAAAGGGGUAGUGGUGGAGGGUGGCUGUGGGUAAUGAGCGAUUUGAGGGCCGUACCGGAAUACGUGAUAAACCCGGAGAAGAAGAUGAGUAUCGUUUACCAGGAGAAUGGGAGCUUAAAGUAUACGGAGCGGGAGAUUUUAUCCAGGUCAUUGUGCCCACAGAGCAUCCUUACGCGUCUAGAUGAGGACAAUGACAUGAUCGGGGUAGACUGGAAUCUCCCUCGACUGGCAAUUACAACAAAUACCAUGAUGAGAGUGUUCAUUUCCGAUAUGUCACUGGCUAAACAUGGAAUCUUUCAUAACUUCGAAAUGGAGGUUGACAUAGGUCAGCCCUUGUCUCAAAUUAUCCGGAAAGUGGCAGAUAAAGGAUUCAAGGGAGACCUAGUGUACGGGGGGAAGCGACUAACCUGGAUUCGUGAUCGUCUGCCGGCGGACCUAGGUUUAUACAAGGACUCAACCAUUCACAUUAUUCCCUCAAAAGAGAACAUCGACCUUGUCACAGAACAAAAUUCUUUUGCCGAGUUUCGUCAUCAUUCUAAAAAGUUAAAGUGCUUGAAAGAAGCAGCAGACAAGCACGAUUUUGACUACAACCCACAUAUCCUCGAGCCCGAAGAAUACUACAACUGGCUCACAUCCUUGGAAGACUAUGUAUUCGCUAACUCGGAGCUUCGAAUGAGUGACGGAUCUUAUUAUGCAAAAGAAAACAAUUUUGAUUUCUUCGGGCAUGUGGACGUCCCUGGUCAUAUGCUCCCCCAGUCGCAACUCGCGCUCAACCUCUGGGCACAGUCUCAAACUUCCCCUUCAGCCAUAGCCGAGCAUCAGGUCACCGUGAAAACCCUCUUCCUGAGCUACAUGAAGAGCUAUCUCAUCUUAACGCGUCUCAACAAAUCUAUGCAUACCCUGGUUGCUAAUGGUUUUGCUUCAUCGUACUUUUCCUUCCUGCUGGAAAUACCCGGUGAGGCAAUUGCCCAGAUUGUGCCUGUCGAGCGUGCUUUUCUCUCAAAGUUGCAAGAGAAGAUUGAGAAAGUUGUGAAACUGCUAUCCGAUGAACAUGCCAGCAUAAAGACCGACCUGCGUGACGAGAAAAUUAGGGAUUGCCUUCAGCCAGUAAUCAAUGACUUCUUCGGUUCAUUGACUGUUGGAGGCGGCGUGGGUCUGUCCCAGAAGCGGUAUCCUGAAGUUCCAAUCAAGGAGAGUGUCUGGAAGGAGUGGACCCUGAUGCCCAAAAGAGCGAAUCCCGAAAUACUCCAGACCAAUUAUGGCGUUGAAGGGAAGCGUUCCGAGAACUUCUGGGAAUUCAGUUUGGAGAUUUGGAACAAAGAGCUUGGAGAGCCAACCUGGUGA